AUGAAACAAAACAACCAAACAUCCAUUACAGAAUUUAUUCUUUUAGGAUUUUCAGUUUCCAGCGAAACAGGUUUUUUCCUGUUUGCUCUCAUAAGCAUUGUUUACGUUGUCACAAUCGUAUCCAACAUUUUCAUUAUCGUUCUUGUGAUAACUGAGCGGCGCCUCCACAAGCCCAUGUACAUUUUUAUUAGUGGACUUUCGUUUUUGGAGCUCUGGUAUCCUUCAGUCACAGUCCCUAAACUGUUGUCAUCUCUGCUAAACAGAGACAGAUCUAUCUCUCCUGGAGCUUGUGUAUCACAGUUUUAUUUCCAUUUUGCAUGCGGUGCAACAGAAAACUUCCUUCUGGCCGUCAUGGCUUAUGAUCGAUAUGUGGCCAUUUGCCAUCCAUUGCAAUACGUCGUCAUCAUCAGCCCUCAGAUUUCCAUGAAGUUGUUAGUGGGAUGCUGGGUGAUUGGCUUUAUUUUGUUUCUUGCUCCUUGUUUCCAAAUAUCAAACCUUUUAUUUUGUACUCAUAAUGAGAUUAAUCACUAUUACUGUGACUUUGCUCCGAUAGUGAGGUUAUCAUGUUCUGACACAUCAAGGGCAAAAAGGGUAUUUUCUGGAGUAACUAGUUUUAUUAUUUUAGGCUGCUUUUUACCAAUCAUUGUGUCUUACAUAUGUAUUAUCCGCACCGUAAUAACAUUUCCAACUUCUUCAGGAAGGCAGAAAGCAUUUUCUACCUGUGCAUCACACCUAAUCGUGGUUCUCAUAUUUUACAGUACUAUUAUGUUUAUGUUUGUAAGAUCCAACGCUGGAGACAAUCCACAUUUUGAAAAAAUUAUCUCUGUCUUUCCAUCCAUUGUGACCUCUUUUCUUAACCCUAUCAUUUAUACUUUAAGAAACCAAGAGGUAAAGGUCACUGUGAUCAAAUUGUUCAGAGACUAUGGCUUUAGAAACAAGUAA